UCACCAGAAAGUUUCGAGGCUCAGUUGUUGUCGCGUUCACCUUCGUUGCGGUACAUGUAGAUUUACGUGUCCGAAAUUUAGCGCAAUUAUAGUGAAAUCGCAAUGAGAUAAAUCGGUAUUGCAUUUUACGAGGAGCUGACGAAAUUUUUGGAAACAGAGAGAAACUUUAACAUGCAAGCGAUGGAAAACGUAGUAUCGACCAUUGGGACGUCUAAUUGUGAGACAAAGAAAGAAAUUAGGCAUCAAGGAUUUCCAUUUUUGUCGGUCAGGAGCAUAGUGAAUUUCGAUAGAAGGGAACGAGAAUGUUUGAUCGAAAACAAAAUUAGCGACGCCGAGAAAUCUACAAUUAUAUUUGAAGCCUACCGAAAGCGUGAUUUCAAAAUAGAAAAAGUAGAAGAUGAUGAUCACAACACCAGUUUCUUGUCUAAUACAGCUUACCCAAAGAUGGAAUCGGAGGACGAAGAACAAUCUUCCAGUACUUAUCCGAGGGAAGAAAGUGACAUGAAAAGUAAAGACGAUAGCCUCAGCAGCAGUUUUUCAUCCGAUACCUCUGACACAAAUUCGUAUUACAAUAUUGUUAGUGAAGAGUCUAAACUCGAGGACGACGUCAACAACGACGUCAGUGUAUCUCUGAACGAUAAUCCAGACCACGAUUCGCAAGCUGACGGUGAUGUUUACGGCAGUAUAAACCAACCCACAUCUAAUUACUUCGAGAUCAAAAGUCAAGAAUAUCAAAGGAGCGUCAAAUGCGUACCAGAAAUCAAAUGCGAUUCUGGUACGAGUCUUAGGGCAUAUUUGGACCACAUCUUUAGGAACGGGCCUGUAAAAAGCUGCAUAAACCAGAAGAGUCAUAGUACAAUAAACUACAUUAUCGGCGACGCUGUCAUAAACUGCUAUGAUAACAGCAACUUAUUAGGGGCCAACGAUGCCGCAAGCAGCGUCGAUGAAUUCACAAAGUCGAUAAUACCUUCCACAGAGGAUUCGAUAAUUCAGAAAAUUAGAGAAUGGGCGAUUUCGCACAAUAUCUCGAAAGAACAGGUGGAUGAUUUGCUGCAGAUUCUUCGGCAGAAAAUCUUGCCGAAUGCGCCAGUGUCCGGAGAAGCUUUGAUGGAGAGCGGUCUUUCAUCUGCAGUAGCUAUUACGUGUCCAGAAGAACUAAUCACGCUCAAAGCGUGCGAGCUGUUGAUGAAUAAAGAAUCUAUAUUUUUUGACAGAGGUUACAAGAGUUUAUUCGAAAAAUACGACGAUGCCGAGAAAAUUGAUAAGAUGAUGAAGAGAGGACAUAAUAUUAUCAAUUGUCCUAUGAAUUACAUCCAGUUCACAACGAAGUAUCGCAUCAAACUACCCAUCGAGAGCGUGAAAAUAUUUGAACACUUCGACCAGAAAGUAAAAACAGACCCUGAAUUUUACAAUGACUUGAGGGCAUUAAUCGUAUCGCAAUUGUCGGAGUUUUACACACUGCAAGACGCUCUUCUUCCUAUAAUGAAAUUGAUAUUGUCGGAAAAGGUCAUGGCGUUCUUUCUUUUGAGAAGGAGAACGGUUUAUUUAACCAAAAUGGCAUUUUUUAAGACUGCCUUCUCGGAUUGUCUAUACAAUUGUAAUUGUUACAGAGGUGAUAAACGAGUACGGAUGUUUUUGGUUAGAGGACAUAACAGAAACCGAUUACUUCAACACGAUUCUUAUGAUUCUUCACAAAGCAGAUUCGAAUAAAUAAUAGUGCGUCGCAAGAAACCCGUACAAAUUAUCACUAGUACAACUAUUCUAUAAAUUCGUAAAAUCGUGAGUAUUAUGCGUGUACAUCACAACAAUGUGCAAUUAACUUUUACCAAAUGGAAAUUUAUUUUAUAUUAAUGACAAAUUAUGCAUAUUGUCCGUUCAUGUCUCGCGUGAUCAAUCAGUGUUUAUAAUACGCUGGCCGGUUUCGUAUGAAUUGUAUGCGUGUGUAUUUAUUAAAAACGAUGUGUUUUUUAGCCGAAAUAUAUGACAAUAAUGUUUCGUGAUUUUUUUUAUUAAACAUUCGACACUCUUUCUACUGAAAUAAUAGAGCGCAUUUGAUACUGUUAGACGUGUGUGUAUAUAAGAAUUGUUUCAGAAGUACAUAAGCAAAUUUAACUUUAUACAACGAAUAAAUGUUUUGUACCGCGUUUAUCAGGGAUAAAUAUAAAUUUCUUUCUUUUUUACAGUG